AUGACGACCAACAACGAAGUUGAACAAAAUGGUGCGCUGAUUGUGAAAAGUGAGGCAAGUGAAGCUACAGUGAUUGCUAAAAUAAAUUUCCCAGACUUCGACCAAGAGGAUAUUGAAACCUGGUUCAUAUGCCUUGAAGCCUCUUUUCACGUCAACGGCAUUAAACUGGACAAGUUUAAGUUCAACACAGUGAUCGUUGCUCUUGGUUCACGAGCAAAAUACGUGCAUUCAGUCAUCAAGCAGUGUCAAAACGAAAAUAACAGCAACAAGUACGAAACACUAAAGGAAGCUGUUAUCGCUCAUUUCCAACCAUCGGAAACACAGCGACUGAGCAGUUUGCUUUCCGGCAUGUCCCUUGGAGACCAGAAACUCAGCGUUUUGCUGUCCGAGAUGCGCCGCUUAGGAGGAGCAGGUUGUACCGACAACAUCCUGACCAACUUAUGGUUGCGAGUCCUGCCCAACACAACUCGUGCCAUCAUCGCUGCCAUGCCAACCGCAACACUAGACGACCAGGCAAAAGUUGCUGACAAGAUUCUGGAGGCACCCCGCGAGCAGAUUUCCUCUAUUCAACAUCGAGGAGAUGCAGCUACGAUAAAUUCGCUGGAACAACGUAUCGAAGCCCUUACGCAACGCUUAGAUGAAGCACUAACAGCCGACGGGAUGGAACGCCAGCCAGAAAUAAACGAGGCUGGAUCUGCUGGUUUCAUUUCCGGCACGGUUCUCAAGCUCGCAAAUCGAGGUGUACUCUCGACCGCGACCGAUGUAAGCGCUAACCCGCAAACCGCCCACGCCGCUGCCGCAUCUGCCAGCAAUCCUGCGUCCGCCACGGACAAUGAUAGCAGCAACAACAAUCGUUUACAACGCAUACACAUACACGACCCGAAAACAUCGAAUCGAUUCCUUAUCGACACCGGAGCGGACGUAUCUGUUGUCCCACCAACCUUAAGAGAACGUAACUCACCAAAACACUCACAACAGCUGUUUGCCGCGAACGGUACCCCAAUACACACGUACGGUACCAAGCGUAUCACUGUCGAUCUCGGCCUACGACGAUCCUUUGUGUGGGUGUUUGUCGUCGCAGAUGUAAAGUCGCCAAUCAUAGGUGCCGAUUUCUUAAAACAUUACGAUCUCCUUGUCGAUCUCCGGCGAUGCAAACUGAUCGAUAACACGACCCGUUUUGAAAUCGAAAACAUUAACGCAGUGACCGAACCUGCUAUUACCACAUUCGACAUGAAUUCACCGUUUUCUGACAUUCUUACCGAAUAA